UCCAGAGUUCAAAUUGAGAAAUGGUAAAGUUGGGUUUGCCUCACCUGUAAACAAAAUUUUAUCAUUUUUACAAAGAUGCACUUCAACAAAGAAACCAUUGAAAGAUGGUUUUAGUCUAAAGGAUUUGAUGAAGGCAUCAUUAUCUAGGAUUGAUUCUGAGACAUUGAAAAAUAAUCUUGAUCAUUCAAAGGAUGGAAAAAAGUUGCUGGAGCAGGCAUGGCAGAUGGAGUUAUAUAGAGGAAUAUAUAGCUGUCUCCCUGAUCAAAUGCAUAUAUCACCAGAUGUUGGACAUAUAUUUUCAACAAAUGGAUCAGUUGACUUCUACAUUACUGAGCCACAAUGGGCAAUUGAGUUGCUCACUGAUGGGGACAGAAUGAAAGAACAUUAUAAUCAUUUCCAAAGUGGUAUCCAAAUGAAGAUUUUUCACAUUUCAACUCAAUAUGAUAAAUUUGAAAUUCGAAUCAUCAAUACUGAAUCACCACUAUAUCAACAAUAUAAUGAUUCUUCAGAUGAUGAUAUUAUUAAUAUUUUUUUUUCUGCAACACAAAAAGAUUCAAGCUCAAAAGAUGACAAUACACAACCACCAGUGGCUACACCAUCUGCAUGUGAAUCAGAUAACAAUAAAACUGAUCAAAAUAGCAUUAAUGUAAAAUCAUCAAAUAGUAGGCCAAGAAAAUAUAUUAAUUGUGAUCUAGCAGAUGAA